AUGACCAAGAAACCAUCGUUUUCGGUUGACAUUUGUGCCACUUGCAUCACGUCCAAAGCGCCUCCUUUGCCGUUGCGAGAGGAACUCCCCUCGUUGGGAUUCGAAAUCGUUUACAACGCCGGUGGUCUGGGAGCGAAGGCGAGCAAACACGAAACCAAGAUAGCGUUGGAUCAGUAUCGGAAACAAUGCCAAACCAAAGAACUCAAAAAACGACGAUUCUUUCCCAAGAGUUCGAGACGAAUCAGAGAAACCCUGUUGGAGCGGAAAAAGAUUGAGCACCAGCUCAAGAUACCCCAUGCUCUCUCCUAUGCAGCAUACGAGCAUAGAUUGGCCCGUCUCGAGGAGAAAAGUUGGACGUCAACUUCGACUUCCUUCACGCCCACUACGCAUGCGAGCUCCCACAAAUCGAUAUCGUUAUACAAGUACAAAGACGGCAAGAAGCCUUUCACAAAACGAUGCAAGGGAAGAUGGGGUAUUUCGCUGCGUAGACGUAUAGGCUCGAAUCGUAAGAAAGACACGAAAAGUCUUCCUUCCGAAACAUCGGAAUUUUUGCAGACUUCAAGCAUCAGGGAUACUAUCGGUAAGGCCGCCUUCGGAGACUUUCUUGUGCCUGUGAAUUCAUCAUCGCACGAAAAGGAAAAUGGCGUAGAUUGCGGCAUGUAUACCAAGCGCAAUCCACUGAAGUGGAAAAGGGCGUUUGACUCAGAAUCUUUCGACAGCCACAGCAAUGACUCGUCUAUCUCGAGCAACGGAGACUGCUCCACCAACGACAUCAAGUUGCAAUUUGUCGCUUCUGACGAAAUGGAAAAAAAGUUACCUGUUUUCAACACCUUCAAUGAGACGGAACGAGAGGGCGCCGCCUUUGCCAAUCAAGGGAUGAACAAGGAUGUUUCGCUGAUCAUGGCUGCUGGUGACUCAGCGAAAUCAUCAGCCAAGCUUUAUGACGAUCUUGAGGUGGAGGAGGCGAUUGCCGCGGCGUUUAAAGAAUUUGCAAAUCCAAAGCUAAACUCAGCAUCUAUUUCGCCUAUCGCGGCUCAAUCGUCAAAUAACCCGUUCAAUAUCCAUGAAGCACCUGCUCCGUGGUCGGGGUCGACUAAAUAUGCCAUUGAAAAUCAAUCUGCGGAAGCAAACGGAAUCAGCUCGAAAGUUGAACCACAAAGACCGAUGGAGAGAGAGCCAAUUCGUGAUCGGGACAAAUCGCACAUCAAGCAACAAAAUUGGUUUUGGUUUGCCAAACAUCUGUUUGAAGACGUUGCAGGAGAUGUCGUCAAAGCUUCUAUUACUUCAACGCCAGGUUUCAAAAUAGAAGCAAAAAGUUUAGAGGUCGCGGAUGAGCCAGUGGUGGUCGAAGAAAGGCGCGCCGAAGUCAAGAAGAGUAUUGCGCAUCUACCUGCUGUGACUUUGUCGAUCAAAACCAAAGCAGGAAGCGAAGGGCUAGGAGACUCCGGUGGCCCCAAUCAGUGCAACACUCGUCUGCCUUUUCUUGAGAUGCUUACAGGACUUGGUAGUUGUAUGUCCGACAUUUUGGGGGCCGUUCAAGAAACUCCGGAACUCGCUCAUGUCAAAUGCCAAGACGACGGUAGAUUCCCAUUGCAUACUCUCUGCAAUAGAGACAUUAUUGAUCGUUCAUCGGUUGCUGAAUCACCACUGGCAGGUGUUUUGCUGGCCGACAUCUUGGAGUACAAAGAGGUCCUUAGGAACCUGUUGGAAGCCUACCCUGCGGCAGCGACUGUUAUGGACAAGACCGGCGACCUACCAGUGCAUUUGCUUGCCAGGACGCUCAUGAAAUGGGAAGCCUACUGGUAUACAACUGUUUACGCUCAAGCUGCGAAAGUCUUCAAUCCCGAUGGAAAAGAUGCUAACGCAAUCUCGUCGUUGUAUCAUACGAUGUCGACAUGUGUUGAACUCGUUCUAGAACCCCUGGUUACAAAAGAGGAUUUGUGUCGCCAACCAGGUAGUGUUGGUAGAAUGUUUCCAUUGCAUAUCGCAUCUAUAUUUACAUGUUCAGUCGAAUCACUCCAAUCACUCCUCGAAGCAUACCCGAAUGCAGCAAAAAAAAGGUGUGAUCUCAACACCCUCAAUACCUUUACCCCCGACGAUUCUUUUCCUUUAAUUUUGCAUGAUUCGCUUUCAACAGACUUUCCAAAAUGGGAGGUUGAAAUCUUCAAGCAAAAUGAAUCUUAUGUGGCAGGCCUUGGUUGCCACAAGUACGGUGAUGAUACCGAGAGGUACCUCCGCCGAUCGGACCUGCUCUUCGCCUACAACCCAACCAUUGAGCCAUAUAGGCUUGAUGGCGAACGCAUAAGACGUCUCGAAAGAAAAAUAAUUUUUGAAGCAAUUCAAGUCGUCGAAGGGAAAGAAGACUGCCUUAGCAAAGCCAUGCAGCGAAUUUGGGUAUGGCUCUGUACAUUCAAAGAACAUGGAAGCAAGCGACCCACUUACAGUCAAAGCGUGAAGAGAAUCGCAAGAAUGUUAACGCUUCGUGCUGUUCAAUAUCUAGCCUCAAUCUCAACUCCACAUGGAAAAUUAGUCUUGGACGAGGCUACUCCUGAAUGUUCAAGAGUCAUUCAACUCCGGCUUGCAGAAAGCCAACCCAUUGACCUAUGGGGAAAAAGGGUUCCACAAUCUCGUCGUUUGACGAAGCAAAAUGUGAGGCAAUUUGUAAAAAAGAUCUUCAAUGUUGAGCAGCAGCGCUUCCCUACGAGCUUCAUUGUACUACCGUAUCGUCUGCAGGUGAAUAAAGACGGUUUUAACAGCAUUGGAACACCAGAAGCGAUCGAGGUUGCGGACUUAUUCACCAGUUAUAUGCUACGUCUGACAGAUCCAAGAGCUCUUCUUCACUAUCUUAACGUAAAAUCACAGAAACACUAUGGUGAACCACUUAUCCAGGGAAGCAAGACGGAUGAGGCCCGACAAAAUUUUCUCGAUUCAAUCAAGAGAGUAGAAGACAAUAUGCUUUCUCUAUACAAACCAGGAUCGUCGUUUUUAUAUCUUCUAGAUGAAGGAACUGGCUUUCCAGUAGUUCCAGGGAGCACUGACGAGUACCCAAUCAUCCUCGCUGAACCUAUGAGCAUCAUUCCCAAAAUAUUCCCGCUGAUGAUGCCUGGAUUGGUCAUGAUGCGAGGCGAACAGUAUCUAAUCACAUUGUCGAAGGUCCUCCUCGACAGCGACGUAACGAUGGUACCACGAAACUGGUUGACGACUACAGAUAAUAUCGAAAGAAGGCUAUUAUCCGCUGAGGUUGCGGAUUUGACUGACAGUGAAGCGUCGACAUUAGGUGAUCGUAUAUCUCAGCUUUCGUCUAGCAACAAGACUCGAUGGGAGGGGAUUAUGUCACCCAAGAAUGGAAAUACUGAAUGGGCUGCGGAAAUGUCUAUUCUCAACACUCUGAUGGAAGUAAACGACCCAUCGAUGAAGUUUGCUGGUCUCAAAGUUCAACGUGACGAUGAUUCGUCUUUGUUUUGGUCUGUGGACUCAAACAAUGAUUGCUGUAAUUCGACUCUUGCGCUAGGAGCAUUGCACAUUGAUGACCUCUCCAAUAAACAAAAAGAAUUGGCCAAAAAGCUGGAACGCAUGAGAGUCGACAGGAAAGAUUCGGGUCCAGAUUUUCGAUACCCUAGAAAGAACUUCGUUGAGCCACAUAACGAGAUGCUUAACAAACCAUUUUGGCAAAGGCUAGCUAACGCUUGCGACUACGUCAAAUAUCCUGACAAAGCAGUAGACUCAGAAAGAAAAAAGCUUCCCUUGAAAAUUGCUAUUGACUGUAAAUCAAAAUUGGAUUCUGAAAUUUCCUCAGAUGAUAUGAAAGGGGAGAUCCGAAAGAAGUACAGCUUUCUUUUAUCCGACUUGGCAGUUAAGGAUCGCGAUAAUAAGGGACAAGAAGCCUUCUGCUGUCGACAACGAGAACGAGGUUCGAGUAGUGAAAGAAUUUGGGAGGAUGUGACUUCGGAAUUAGACCGUGCUGGAAUGUUUUACGAGGAGAGUGCAAUCUUGCACCUGAAAGUCGGCAUUGCUGAAGAAGCAAAACGAAGCGGGCUUCUCGCCAAGCGAAUCGCUUCGCUCCAGGAAGGCGGGGCUCAUGUAUGUUUUAAGGCGGAAGCACUAGACACGGAGCUGCCAUAUCACGAAAUUCAAAACGAAGUGACUGUCCUUCCAGGACUUUCUGAUUCCAGGAAAUUGUUGAUUAGGCUGUUCGACUUGGAGGACCGUUUGUUGUGUGACGAGAUUGAUAUUCAGCAUCUCGCAAUUGAGUCCCUUUCUAUGUUUUACCAGAUUGAAGAGGUCGACCCCGACAAUCUGUUUGAAGAAACGAAAGAAGAAUUCAAUAGCCGCGAGAGCGUUUUACAUCGUGCACAUCCUCGUGUACACUCUGCUUCUUUUAGAGCAGAUGCGAGAGGAUUUUGUGGUGAGAAAACGCCUAGUCUAGCCACGUCGUUGUCUAAUGACCCUGGAAGUUUCGUCAACCCUCUUGACCUGACGAAUCUGAAUGAUAAUGUAAUGGAAGACAUCGCAGUGCCGUGGGUUGUGUAUCACGAAUCGACUGGCCAAAUUGAGUUCUGA